UUCCAACCUUACAUAGGUUCAGCUCUGAACCUCGUAGUUUUUGUGGACUCAGUGUUACAUCCACCUAUACGAUUUUCCGCUUAGUACCAGCUGGUGCGGUGACGCUGGAUUCUGUACGGAGUAAUGGAUCUGCCUGCGCACGUUUUAGCCCUAGUCCAUGCCCCCUCGAUCGCUUCAUCCAUCAAUCAGAGCUGGCUGAUUACAAGGUUGGAUUCUACUUACCCCGCAAAGUGAUGCAUUGCUUGUUUGUGGGUGUUCUGUGGAGAAAGACAUGCCUGCCAGGCAGUUGCGUUACAUAUAAGGAACGCACUUGAUUGUGUUGUCUUUGGGAUGAUUAACUUCCUCUCCUCCGAAUUAACUAACUCCUUGCCAUUCACUACACUUGAGAAACCUCAUUCUUACAUGGCCUUGAAACCCUUGCAAACCUGUCCUGGUUACUUUUGCUUGGAAUUCUCCAUCCAUCAAACCUCCUGCCAUGGGUACGUCUAAUGAAUCCUCCAGGACCCGCACGGUGAAAUCACCCAAAUUCCUGGUAAUCGGUGCCGGAUCUCGGGGAAACGCGUACGCUCGCGCCGUCACAAACUCAACCAACGGUGUCAUCCAUGCCAUAGCGGAGCCGGAUGCCUUUAAGCGCCAGGAGUUUGGGAGGAUCUAUAUCUGGGGCAGUGGAUCACCAACCGAAGGUCAGGAGUUUGCAGACUGGAAGGAAUGGCUGCAGUGGGAGAAAGCGCGGCGCAACGGGGAAGGGGGGCAGGCUACGGGGGUGGAUGGGGUGUUCAUCUGCACCCUAGACGAGACGCAUGUGGAGAUCCUCCUUGCCAUUGCGCCUCUGAACCUGCACAUACUCUGCGAGAAGCCCUUAGCUACAUCUCUGCAGGACUGCCUCGCUAUCUCUCGCGCGCUCAAGGAAAACAAUUGUCUCGAGUCGAAAAUCUUCUCGAUCGGCCAUGUCUUACGGUAUAGCCCGCACAACACGAUUCUGCGUAAGCUGCUGCUGGAGGAUAGGAUUAUCGGCGAGAUCACUUCUCUGGAACACACGGAGCCGGUGGGUUGGUAUCAUUUCUCCCACAGCUUCGUACGUGGUAACUGGCGCCGCGAGACCGCAAACGGCGACGGCAGCUUGCUCACAAAAUGCUCGCACGACAUCGACUUUAUCCUCUGGCUCCUUUGCUACCCGGCACCGGGAACCACUUUCGACCAUCCACACCACUCCCCACAAUCAAUCACCUCCAUAGGCUCCCUCACCCAAUUCCGCCAAUCGCGCAAGCCCAUCGCCGCCGGCAACGCGACGAACUGCCUCUCCUGCCCCGCAGAGAAAGACUGUAUUUAUAGCGCCCUCAAGAUCUACAAGGACCGCUUCCUCUCCAAAGGACUAACAGGGUGGCCCAUCAAAAUCGUCUGCCCAGAUAUUGAAGACACCUUCAGGACAUCCGGUAUGGCUGCAGCGGAAUCGCUGCUCCUGAGAGCUCUCGCAGAGGACUACGACAAAACUACCACGCCAGCAGCUACCAUCGCCGCACGCCCCUGGUUUGGCCGCUGUGUAUAUGAAGCCGACAACAACGUCCUCGAGGACCAGGUCGUCACCUUGUCCUGGGACGAUGAUCCCCUGCCAGAGACCACCACCACAACCACCACUGACGGCAUGGACAUACACGCACGCCUACGCGGCCGCGGUGCCAAGACCGCCACCCUCCACAUGGUCGCCGCGACAGAGUCCCAAUGCGAGCGCCGCGGACGUGUCUACGGCACCCUAGGCGAGCUAACCUACGACAGCAAAACAAUAAGCAUCUACAAUUUCGGCAGCGGCGAGACGACCGUCGUGCAAAUUCCUGAGGUUCCCCCCGAAGAAACGGAGGCGCAUGGCGGUGGUGAUUAUGGGCUUGCGAGAGCGUAUGUGAAGGCUGUGGAGGCUGUGGAUAGUUUGGGGUGGGAGGUUGCGAGAGCGCAGAGGGAGAUUGUGGGUUGUACGUUUGAGGAGGCGCUGAAGAGUCAUGCGACUGUGUUUGCGGCGGAGGAGGCGAGGAGGGAUGGGAAGGUGCUAGGGUGGGGAGAGUGGUGGGCUGGGAAGGUGAAGGGGUAGAUGGGAUGGGAUGGGGGUAGCUUGACUUUUAUUGAUUGUUGAGACCCGCCCCCCUUCCCCCACCAC